AUUCAAAUAUUUUUCUCGAAUGAGAAUUAUUUGAGAACGUAUAUGGUUUUUCUGUUGAUUACUGUCGUUUCAGUACGCAGUGCACAGCUGAUCAGUGGUUCUAACGGACGGUUACCGCUUGUUCGUGCUUCAAAAUCUACGAAAACGACAGAAAAGUUACUGUUAUUCGUUCAUUGUUUACACAGUGACAGUUGAAAUUUCACUGUUCAAUUGGUGAAUAAAGUUGCGGCGCGUUUGGCAAGUGUCUUCAUCGAGUGUUCGAAGUGAGCGGUUAACUGGUUUCUCAUUCGUUGGACAUUUCCAAUGGUUGCCGUCCGGUAGGCCUUGCCAGGAGGAUGGGGGCCCACGAUGGGGGAGUGCCAUUGCUCUAACAUCGCUAUCAUGCAGCUGUUCCAUGAGCUGAAGCAGCAGUUCCCUGCGCUCCCUGAUCACGUCGUUUCCCAGUGCAUCGCCCAGAACAGCCACGAUCGGGAGACAUGCGCGAGAAGUCUUCGUGCUACUCAAGAGUCACGACAGUCUCCGGGCGCAUUCCUACCGGCGACACUUUGCGCCGUCCUUCAGCAGCAGCAGCAGCAACAACAACAUCAUCAACGAGCGAACCACGUAGCCACGCAGCAACAACAACGUUGUUGCACGAUGAAUCAACUGCAGCAUACCAUCAACAGCACGAGCAGCAAUACGCGACCGCACAGACCAGCCUCGCUGGACAUCGGUAUGGCACGGCGUUGUCCUGUCAGCUGUACACGAGCAGUUGCGAUAUCAGCAUCGUCGCCGAUCGCUGUUAACUCGGCCAACGCGCCUUCCUCGGCGCCUGCUGCUUGCACGACGCGCGGUUUCUUCGACGAUUAUACGGGACCGAGCGACGCGAACCCCCUUAACAAAGUCCAGAACACAGGAAACGAGCCAGCCGGAUUCGAGUUGAACGUGAACGUUGCCUGCAGUCCUGCUGGCAAUCGCGAUUUUCGAACGGUGCCUACGAUCGGUGGUGCCUGUAAACGAAGCGAUCUGCUCCUCGAUCCACGAAAUCAUUAUGCCGAACCAUUGUUGAAUGCGGAAAACACGGGGCCGCAGAUCGACCACACACGAAGUUACACUUCGGUCAGCCUGACGCUGAGGCCGCCAUCCUCGGAACCACAGCCGCCGAUCGACAUCAGAUCACAGGGUUCAAGCCUGACUUAUUCGAGCUCCUCUCUGGAUCCUCGGGGCUUUCAAAGCCGUCUUCAGAUCAGCAUCGGUGCCGGAGCCGUUGGCGGUGUGGCGGCUGCAAGAAUCCGACCUCCGGUGGGUCCCAUCAGACCCAACAGUUUGAUACCCCCGGUACAAAUCGGCCCUCAAAGACCACCAGGUCUUCCAGUAGGGCCACCUAGUCAAUUACCGAGGCCCACGACAACAAUGAGCGCCCCGACCACACCUUCUGUACCAUCGACGACGAACAUUGUCCAUCCCAUUAGCCUUCCAACGACACCAUCAGGACCGACGACGACCUCGCCGCCCUCCAGUCCCAUUGGUGAACGGAUAUCGGCCAAUAUCGAUCAAAAUCAAUCGCUGUUGAAUCAAGUGGCGGAGCAUCAAAAGAAAUUGGUCGCAGAGCAAUUAGCAAGAAAGGAAAGACUCGCCAGGGAAUUGAGAGCCGAGAAAGGACGACUCGAAGCGAUGAAAAAAGAAUUACAGUCCCUCACGAGACCUUUUGAUUCUUCGAUGCCUCCUCAGGAGCUAAAAAAAAAGUUGAGAAGCGAGAUUUAUCAGCUGCAGGUUGAAUGCGACAGACUCGCGGAUGAGGUAGAUCAGUGGUCUGAUCCAAGAGUACCUUUGGGCGAAACGAACGAAACGUUUUAUCAACGUAUUUACACGGGUCAACCUUUGCCAUCGAGGUCUGUCAACUCCAAUCCACCGCCUCUGCCAAGUCAGCCACCCGUCUGGCAACCGGAAUCGAGUGGUAACAACAGUGACAGAGAAGAACGAGAUGGACCUUCUUGGGUCUGCAGAAUGUGCACGUUUGACAAUCAUCCAUUAAUGAACAAAUGCGAACAGUGUGACAUGCCGAGGCUGUUGGAUCACGGAAACACAGGUACGACUUCUGGAAAAUCGAUAGACGACUUUACGACCUCGUUAACAAGUCCGAACAUCGAUCCAUCACCUCCGCCACCUCCGCCGCCUCUAGGAUAGAGGAAACUUGAGUACCUUAACAGCAUGUUUUUUUCUGUGACAUAAUUUUAUAAAUUAAUAAAUAUCUUCCAAAGAAUAUUUGGUGAAAUAUGGAAGAUGCAUAAUAAGUACUUCCGUACCAUAUAAUAUGUGCAAUUAAAGGUUAUAUUUCCUGUUGUUAAAUACUUGCUCCUAAAUGAGAAAGAAAGAAUUGGAAUGAGGACCGCAGGAAUGAAUAUGUGAUGAAUAAAUAAAACAGAUUUAUAUUUAGAUUUGUACUUAAACGCAACGCAUGGACGUGUGGAAUUUUUUUAAAUAAAUCAUACUUAUGAAUUUUAA